AUGUCUGAUGUAGUUUAUGAAGCAAUUAAGUCAGUUUACGAACAACUUACUGCGGAUGAUCUUCUCACUCGCUGCAUCGGCGGUUUCACACAAAACAAUAAUGAAAGUUUGAAUUCGACAGUGUGGGCGAUGGCUCCAAAAACUUUGAAUUCAGGCAAAAAAAUUAUCGAUAUUGCUGUGAACAUCGCUUCGUGCGUUUUUAAUGACGGGUUACUGUCCAUUUUACACAUAAUCGAAGUCAUGGGGAUGAAAAUCGGCCCGAAAAGUUUUGAGCUGUGUAUGGAAUUAGAUGAAAAGCGAAUACAGGAGGCGGAGCGAUUCAUGACAGAGGGCGCAAAACAGGCCAGAAUCGACCAGAUGUCAAUUCGAAAGGUCAAACAUCAACAGGAAAUUGACGAAGAAGGCCAAUUGUAUGGUGCAGGCAUUGCCGAUUAG